AUGUUGUUUUCCAAGAACACAAAAGCACCAUUGACCACUGACUCCAUGAGCUCCAGUUCUUACAGCAACACUGUAGUUAUCAUGGACGUUAUAAGGAGAACUCCAUGUCACCCCUGGUGGCGUUUCAUUUUGAUCGUCAUUAUACUCAGUCUGGAAACCCAACUUAUAUCAUCAGCGCCUGACUUCACAAAGCACCUUCACUCUAUCCUGAGGAACCACACUGCCUUUGCUUGUGAAAAUCACAUCCUCUCUAUUGUGUGUCCACCCCGGACAUCUGUAUCUGUCCUGUCUGCCUUCUAUGGACGCCAUGAAGUCAUCCCAAAUCUCUGCCCUUCUGUCCCAAACAACACAGUGGAAGAGAACAUCCAUUGCACCUCUGCAGUUGCCAUUGAGAAAGUUAAAUCCGAGUGUCAAGAUCGGCAGUCCUGUCAUGUCUCUGUUUUGAGCCUGUUUUUGGGGGGAGACCCGUGCCCACUCACUACCAAAUUUCUUCAGGUCUCAUACAAGUGCCAGCCACAGCAUCACCGGACUCGUCUCGUGUGUGAAAAUGGGCGUCUGAAAUUGCUUUGCAAAAACAGCACAGUUCUUGCAAUAUAUUCUGCUACAUUUGGACACAUGCUGCAUGGAAGCCCCAGCUGCCCCCCGGAGGCAGGAUCUCACUCGGACAUGGAGUGCAUGUCCUCCACGGCUUUGAGGAAGGUUUCUCGCAGAUGUCAUGGGAAAGAGAACUGCUCAUUGGUGGCAGAUGUCAUGACUUUCGGAAACCCCUGUUUUCCUGGGACCAGGAAGCACCUGCGAGUGUCCUUCGCUUGUGUGCCCCGUUAUCUUUUGGAAGAUGUAGGAUUUGUAUCAAGAGAUCCCUUUAUGAUCCCAGACUAUACUCAUGAUUUUCCUGAAAAAGUGGUGUUGUACUUUGUCUCUGGCAUCUGCGCUGGUCUGGUAGUUUUGGAAAUCCAUUACAACAGUAGUCGAUCGGAUGGCGGAUAUUUCGAGGUUAUAACUCAAGGUGAAGGACGUACAGAAGAGAAACCAUCAGGAUGGCUGGUUCUCAGUGGGAACUUCCCCCUGAGCUUUGCUGCCGCCCGAUGGCCUUUGGCAGACAGAGUUCCCAUAUCCUUCAAAGUCCUUCCAGGAGACCACGAGUACCCCAAGUGUCGCACCAAGCGUACUUCAUAUGAAUGGUACAUCCCCAAAGGUAUCUUAAAAACUGGUUGGAUGAACAAACACCUGAAUCUAGUACCAGCUCUGGUCGUUCUUUUCUACGAGUUGGACUGGGAGGAUCCUCAAUGGAAGGAAAAACAAUCUGAAUGUGCAACUAAAGUGGAAAUUGUCAGAACCAGUCUCCAGGGUAGAAAUACCAAAGUUGCUGUAGUUCUUAUUCAAAAGAAAACCCCUUUGCCUCCAGGGGAAGACCUUGUUGCAUCUGAGCGGGCAUCUGCACUUUGCAACGCUUGUGAUCUCUCGGGCAAGAGUUUGUUUGUACUGCCACACACGGAUCAUCUAGUGGGCUACAUUAUUAGGCUAGAGAACGCUUUCUAUGAGCAUUCUCAGACUUAUUACUACACUGAGAUCCGUCGCGUCAAAUCUCACAAAGAGUUCCUGAACAAAACAACACAUCAACUUUUGUUUGUCAGACACCAGUUCAAAAUCGCCUUCUUCAGUGAACUAAAGCAGGACACACAGAAUGCUCUCAAGUACUAUAGAACUGCGUACAGUCUUAUUCAUGAGCUCAGAGCACACGAGACAAAUAUGUUGGAAAUCAAAACAAUGGCUGGAUUUAUAAACUAUAAGAUAUGCCGCUUGUGUUUUCAGCAUAACACACCUCUUGAUGCUAUUGCACAAUUUAGGAAACAUAUCGACUUGUGUAAGAAAAAAAUAGGUAGUGCCGAACUGGCCUUUGAGCAUGCAGCAUGGAUGUCUAAACAAUUCCAGUCAUUUGGUGAGUUGUUUGAUGAAGCCAUUAAAUUGGGUUUGACGGCCAUCCAAACUCAGAACCCGGGAUUCUACUAUCAACAGGCUGCAUGCUACAGCCAGGACCGAAAGCAACAGGCUCACCAGCUCUGUCAGACUGAAAUAAUCUAUCCUACGACCGACCCCUUGAGUGGGACCCUGGACUUCUAUGGUCAAAGAUCCUGGAGACAAGGCCACCAAAGCAUUGACCCUCCCGAUACAGAGAAAGAGAAGACGGGGAUACUAGCGCUGCAAAUCAAAGAGAAAGGAGUUCCUCACUCGGAGCUGAUUAUAGCUCUUUUAAGCAAUGCAGUGGCCCAGUUUAAGAAGUACAAGUGUCCUCGAAUGAAGAGCCAUCUAAUGGUUCAAAUGGGAGAGGAGUACUACCAUGCAAAAGACUACACCAAAGCUCUUAAGUUGUUGGACUACGUCAUGUGUGACUAUCGCACUGAGAAGUGGUGGGGUCUUUUGACCGCCAUCCUCACCACAGCUCUGCGGUGUGCUUACCUCAUGGCCAGUGUUAAAGACUACAUCAUCUACUGUAUGGAACUGCUAGGACGAGCAUCUACCUUGAAGGAGGAACAGAAAUUAAAGAUUGAGAAGAAUCUUACCAAAGUUUUACAGAAUGAGGUUCCAGACGCAGAGCUGGAGUGCGACCCCUCGUCUGUCAGUGCAGCAAAGUCACUGUGGGGCGACCGCAUGGCGCUGGCUGGAGCCAACGAGGUCACAAUCGAAGUGCAAGACUACAUUCCAUUCAUCCAGUGCAAAGCCAAGUUCCUGUCCCCCAGUUUCCAUGUCGACCAACCCAUCCAGCUGCAGGUGUUUCUCAAAGCCGACGGCCCCAAUCCUGUGUCUUUCAGCAAGUUGGCUGUCAGCCUUAGCAACCAGGAAUACAACCAGUGGUGUAUUAUUGAAUCUUCCAGUCAGAAUACCAUGAGCCUUGUGCCAGGGAAAACCAAGUGCUACAACUUUAGCUUUGUUGCCAAAACUGAAGAUGUCGGCAAGAAGAUAGAGAUGACUGGGAUUGAGCUGUUGCUGGGCAGUGUGAGAGGCCGUUGUGUUUUUCUGACCUGGAGAGGAGCCGGAGGAGACAUCGCAUCCCCACAUGAAGCGCUGCAGGCGAGUCGGUCUUCACGACGAUGGGGGCGUAGUCUCGAAACUCAGGAACAGGACUGGGACAAUGUGACUCUUCAGCACAGUACAAUGAUCAUCUCCAGAAUUCCCAAAAUCUCAGUACAGCUCAGCCAUCAGCCUCCAGUGCUCAAUAAUGAAAUGUACUGCCUCAAUGUCACUAUUCGAUCACAAGAAGAAGGCGUGGCCAAAGACGUGAAACUGACUGCGGGUUUAAAACCAGGUCAGGAUGCCAAUCUCAGUCAGACGACACAUGUUGCUCUUGAGGGCUCAAAGAUUUGUGAAGACUCCGCAGCAGCUUUAAUUCCUGACAUACUGUUAGGAGACUUGAAUCCAGACCAGAAGCUUGAGAAAGGCAUAUUUGUCAGGUGUUCAACAACGGGGCCUAGGAUAUUUCUGUUUCAUGUUGCAUACUUCGUUGAUACGACUGUGGAAGGAAGACAGAUUGUCUGCAAAUGCCACAAGGAUGAAAUUGUCACAGUGGAGACCGUCGUCCCAUUUGAGGUGUCUGUGAAGUUUGUUUCAACUAAGUUGGAGCCUCUGGAGCGGGUCUCGAUGGACAUCCCCUUCCUCCUCAUGACAGACGUCAUCUCAUCUUCUCCGUGGCCGAUCUUGUUGUCCUCCUCUUCCUUGGAGCUUUUCAGUUUGACCAGCACAUCACCAGAUAUGAAGUCACAGUUGGAGCAAACGGUUCUGGAGACUGGAGAAGGUGCUAGCGAGUGCUUCUGUCUGUGUUGUCCACCUGUAAUCGACAACAAUAACGCCAUAGCAACAGGACAGUACUCAAUAGCAUGGCGGAGGUAG